GUUCAUUGUGAGCCUUUAAGGCGCGCUUUUCACGCACAGUAGCAAGCGAGCCAGCGCAGUACCUUUAUGUGCUCUUGGCUACAUGCUAAAUUAGCUUCAGCCGCCCCCCAGAAAAAACAAUCGGUAAUCCGUCAGAAUAGUUGUUCAUCGCAUCAACAAGAAACUGCGCCUUCAAGUGAACAAUAGCGUCGUGUAAAGCUCCCUGCUAAACCAACUUUGCAAUGGGCAAAAAGUCUCGCGAAGACGACUCUUCAUCAUCGGAUGAAGAAGAGUAUGUUGUGGAGAAGGUGCUGGACAGGAGGGUGGUGAAAGGCAGAGUCGAGUUCUUUCUCAAGUGGAAGGGAUAUUCUGAAAAGCACAACACAUGGGAACCAGAGAAGAACCUGGACUGCCCAGAGCUCAUUUCGGAGUUCAUGAAGACUUACAAAAAAAGUGGGAGUUCUACUCCAAGUAGUGGAGGCAGCAAGUCCAGCACAGCCCCCUCCGGACGUGCAAAAGACUCCGGUAGCUCAAAGAAGAGGGGCUCGGACGAUGAUGAGGAGGGUGGAAGCAAACCUAAAAAGAAAAAGGAGGAAGAAAUUCUAGUGGCCCGUGGCUUUGAGAAGGGCCUUGAGCCAGAGAAAAUCAUUGGAGCAACAGACUCGUGUGGUGAUUUGAUGUUCCUAAUGAAGUGGAAAGAUUCUGAUGAGGCCGAUCUUGUGCUCGCAAAGGACGCCAAUCUAAAGUGCCCGCAGAUCGUCAUCGCCUUCUACGAGGAACGCCUCACCUGGCACGAAGACAGCGACAAGAAGGAGAAGGACGCAGUGAGCGCAUGAGUGAGUUGGUCACCUCCAAAGGAAAGGAAAACUCCGCUACAGGGACAAGCUUGCGUCAGACAUUUUUACCCCCCCCCCCCCCCACCCUAACCACAUCCCAUACUCUGUACAUUGUUCAACAAAGACGCUAAUACAGUGGACACAGACCCUCAGCCAAGACCCACUGCUCUCUUUAGACCAUCCUUUUUGUCACCAGGUGUAACACAAACAAACGCAUCAUUGCAUUCUAAUGAGAAGCUGCAGAAUCUGUCACCAUUGAUUGUGGUCUGCCACCUUGUGGCUGAAAAUGUCCAACUGCUUAGUUUCUAGACUCUUGACAUCACUCAUGGUAAGCCUGCAGUUUUAAUUUUUAAUAUUAGUACUGAAAUCAUGAAAUUUUAAUUGGGUGGAUAAUUUGUUAUAUUUACUUGAAGCUCUAGAAUGUUUCCUGAUCAGGCACAUCCUGGCUUUGAUUAGCAAAUACUUUUCAGUGCUUUCUGUCAUUUUAUCUUCACAGAUAAAAAUGUUUUUAUCCGAGAUGGGUGACAAUUUUAAGUGGGUGUCUUGUGUUCCAAAAUAGUUUUUAGGGCCAAAUAUGUUUUUACUGAGCUUUAUUUUGCGUAGCAAUGAAGCAUACAAUAGUUAUGGUGUGACAGUCUUUUUUCAUAUUUUUUUUAAACAUUGCAGACUUUUUAAACAAAAAGUGAGACGUUCCUUUUGUGAUGUUACAACAAGGUAUGGCAACAUACUUAAAUAAAUUGUUUAGAUGUUGA